AUGCAGCACAACAAAGGCCCCGAAUUCGCCGAGCUGGCAAGGACACUGUCGCGCUCGCGCAGCACUAGCAUGUCCAGCGACUCCCAGCUAUCACGCAUCCACCUUCUCUCUCCACCACCAGUGAACCCUCCACCCUCUUUCAUCGCAUCAUCUGCAGCCUCUCAAAUCAUCACCGCCGACCAGGAGUUUAACACUGCGGACUUUGUGACUAGCGAAGAAGACAAUGGUGCGAAUGCGAGCGCUCUUGUCACCCCAGAGGCUCUUUCGGCUUUGAACGGGUUUCUCGACCACCUUCUCUACAACAUUCUGGCAACCGCCAAGUCGACUCAGUUGGCAUGCAUUCGACCGGCGAUAGCCGACGUCCUCAAACCUCGACUCGCGAAAGAAGUAGUCUCUGCUGCGGAUGAUGAACUGCAUGAGUACAUGGGCGGCGAAGAAGACGAACAAUCUGAAUUUCGCGGCGGGCAGACUUCGGGCAAUGACUUUGACCUGGUCCGUUCCUGGAAGUUGACUCGGCUUCGAUGCAUGGUGUACACGAGGUUGGGCGACAUGGAGGAAGACGAUGAAGAUGAGUACAUCGCGCAAGACCGGCUUAUCGAGUCUGACGAUGGGAUUCCGCCGAGAUUCGACAGCCACGUGGGCAACAUCACUCCGGCCGCGGCGAUCUUUCUAACGUCUAUCAUCGAGCACAUUGGAGAACAGGCCCUCAUCAUUGCAGGGGAAACUGCGCGGUCCCGGUUAUCUUUGAAACUUAGCGACAAUCAUGACGAAGUGACCGAAUCUGGCGCAGAGCGAGGCAGUAUGGAUAGGCUGGUCGUGGAGGAACUCGACAUGGAAAAACUAGCUUUGAAUCCGACCCUAGGAAGACUGUGGCGAACCUGGCGAAGACGUGUUCGAACACGUAGCUUAUCUCGGACGGUUUCAAGGGAGUCCUUCCAGCGUCGCAGAUUGACUGCACCCUCUGCAGGCAGCAGAAAAAGCAGCAUCGUUACUGUCGAUGAAUACCCACCCAGUCUGCCCGUGUCACCGGAUGUUGAGCACAGCAAGGAGCUCGAUCCAGCAUCUGUCGCUCUGCCAAUGAGCGAGCACGAUGUCGAGGAGAUUGAGUUCCCGGGGUAUGUGGCUGACUUGCAUGGCAGCGAAGUGCAUGAGAUACAUGAGGUUCGGACCAUGCAAGCUGUCGUAGCUCACAAAGUGCGACCACAUAGCCUUAUGGUACUCACCCUAGCACCUCCGAAGUCUCCUUCCACAGGGAACUCCCCGGUUACUCCUCUCAGCGCACAGAGUGCCAGAGUUGUUCGUCACGUUCGAUCGCGGUCACUACCCAACACCGAAGAACAGAAGCGCCUAGAGACGAUGUAUGAGCACGAUGAGGAUGACGAACCAGCGGCACCAAACGGAUCAGUCUCACAGAAGAUUACGGUGACCUUACAAGUCAAGCAGAUUGAAACAGACUAUUCAUCCGGUGAACAGAACUGCUCUGCUGUUGUGCAGGAUGCGGCCUCGGCAUCCUCACCGUCGGCGGCAUCAGUUGACGCCGUCACAAGUCAAACCAGUAGCACGGACACAUCCACGGCAUCAUUGAGCGAUGAGCAAGAGUUAGUUUCCGAGGUUAUCGAAGGACAUGGGUUAUGCGAAAAGCCAAAGCUGGCCGCAUUGCAGCGACCUAAACGAGUUACCAAUAAGGAUGCUUCUGAGGAUACCCCUGCAUCGCCAGCGGAAGAAAAAGCGCCGCGGGCUGUUACUGUCACCGCUGAUGAGGACUUAUCAGCCGCUCCUCCCAGGGCGUCUGAUUCUACCGCGGACGGCAAACCCUCAAGAUUGGCACCGGUGACAGCCCAAUCCUCUAGAAAAGAGGUCACCGAAUCGGUUUCCACAGCCGGAGAGGCAAUUCUUCCUGAACGUGCGCGGACUCGGCCCGUGCCCGUUGCCUUGUCCUUGAACACCGCAGGCCAGCAGUCUUUCGGGGCAACGAGUCCGGGAUUAGCUACCCCUGGCAGUUCUGGGACUGAGCGUGCAGCCGUUCAACGGGUAUCACGCCCCUCAACCUCGGUAGCCUCGUCUACUUACACAAAAUCACGCCGGUCCGACAGUUUUGGCAGCCAUCGGGAGAAGCGUCCAGUCACGGCCGGAUCAACGACGUCGCAGGUUUCGAGCAAGCUCAAGGGCCUUAUUAGCCGCCAAACCGACUCCGCUACUUUCCUUGUUCGCAGCUCUUCAGAAACCAGUAGGGCAUCCGCUGUCACCCAUGACUCAGUAUAUGAUGAUAAAUCGGGAUUGGAUGAAUUAAUCCAGAGCGAGGAGACGAUCCAUUAUACCCUGACACCCAAGAACAUGAGGGAUAUAGAGCCUCAGCGAUCACCAACCGCGGAUUUGGCCGAUUUUCUUAAGAAUACUGGCCCUCCUGGAAGCGAAACACCUAGGCCAAGGACAUCCAAAUCAUCCUCUAGGGAAGCGACCGACUUUCCAAGGGUAUCGAAGUCUAUGUCGUCCGAGAGGGCGAAACAUAUACCCAUUCAGAUACCUAGCGUAGCUCCCGAGCAGAGAGACAUGAAGUCCCCCCGCAGCGGCGCUCCACGUCUGGAAGCCCGUUCAGCUGUGGCACCACGAGGGCAUGAGACAGCCGAGUUAAUUGAAUUUCUUCGGGAAGGACCGUCGAAUACUGGAGCUCACCAGGUGCCACGCACAGUUGCCUCGUCCAUGGACAUGGACGAAUUGAGACAAGACGCUCCUUCUGUUGCUAGCACACAAGGAGGCUCAGUGGCUACUCGGUCUUUUACUUCCGUCGGUUCUCGUACGGCCCUUCUCGAAUCCGCCAACCGUUCAACUGCACAAGGCCGCUCAGUCAAUGCGGCCAAUCUGGCCAGCAGUAGGGACUCUACCGACCCUCAACCAGCACGGAAGCAGCGUCGGGUGCGGGAUCCUUAUGCCAUUGAUGACUCGGACGACGACGAAUAUCUUGAAGAGCUUCUAGAACCCUCGAAGCCUAAACGGGAGGAAGAAAGCCUGAUAGAUUUCCUGCGUAAUGUUCCUCCGCCAGAGGCUGAACCCCAGCCUCUGGCCUUGAAUAUGCCUACAUCGAAAAGUACUUCCACAGGACUUGGAAGUGCCUCAGCCAUGAAGGCACGGCUUCUCCGAAAUACUUCCUUUGACAAAUCCCUUUCCGGGAAAACCUCGAAAUCAUCGCUGCGUCAACAGCAGGAAGGUUACUUGACGGGACAGUCGAAUUAUACUGUCAAGGUUGGCAUGGAGCGCAACGGAGGAGCAAUUCAUGCUGGGUACGGGUUGUCCACCGUGCCUGAGAAGCAGACCGAAACCAGUGCAUUAGCCAGCUUUCUCAGAAGCACCGGUCCGCCGGAGCCUCCUGCUGGUCGGCGACCCUCCUUGUCUGGCAGCAGAGGCAAAGAUCCGAGUGGCUUCUCCCGUCUCUUUGUUCGUCGCAAGAAAGUUGAGGUUUGA